AUGCGUCUACAGAAUGCCUUGCCCGUUGUCGCGCUUGCCGCGGUUCAACCUGCGCUCGCUUGGGGUGCCGCCGGCCACGAGAUUGUCGCAACGUUGGCUCAAAUGCACCUGCAUCCUCCUGUGCUGCCUGUUAUCUGCUCUAUCCUAUAUCCGACUGAGCCGGCCGCUUCAUGCUCGCUCGCGUCGGUGGCGACAUGGGCAGACAAGAUUCGCUUCCGCGCGCGCUGGUCCGCACCACUGCACUAUGUCGGCGGCUUGGACGACUAUCCUCCUGAUUCAUGCGAGUUUCCCGGCACACGUGGCUGGGCCGGAAAGCAGAACAUCAAUGUGCUGGGCGGCAUCCGCAAUGUCACGAACAUCCUGACCGAGUUCGUGAGCGACAACUCGGCCCGCGGCGGCGUGCAGGCGGCGAGCGCUUCGGAACUCGAACUUGCGCAGGAGGCGCUUAAGUUCCUGAUUCAUUUCCUGGGAGACGUGCAUCAGCCUUUGCAUUUGACCGGACGCGACCGCGGCGGAAACAGCGUCAAGGUUUCCUGGAAUGGACGUGUUACCAAUCUUCACUCUCUUUGGGACGGACUCUUGAUUGCCAAAGCCUUGCGAUCCAUUCCUCGUAACUACACCGUGCCCUUGCCCGUCCCUCCCAUGGAAGCCCAGUUGCGCGGAACCAUCUACGACCCAUACAUCCGCCGCAUCAUGUGGGACGGUAUCGGCCUCGGCUCGUACUCGGAUGUACCCGGUCGCUGGGAGGAUGAGCUUGAAGACUGGCUUGCAUGUCCCGCUGCACCCGCACAGACGCAGGGUUUCUUCAGUCGCGCCGCGCAGUUCGUUCUCGGCUCGAAGUCUCUCGAGACGGACGACCAACUCGCAUGCCCGCGUUUCUGGGCAGGACCGAUUCACGAGCUCAACUGCGACUUCAUCUGGCCGCAUGCGCUUGACCCUGAGCCUCAUCACUCAUCCGUACAUGAGGAUGCCGAUAUCGAUGACCAUGCGCACGAGCACAACUGUGAAGGCGGCGUGUGCUCUGGGGACGAGGAGAUGCACAGCCUUCUUGGUGGCCCGGGCAACAUUGGGGCCGUCCCUGCAUCGAGUCAUUACCUCGAGCUCGAUACGCCCGAGUACUCCGGCGCUAUCGCUAAGGCUUGGGUCGUAGAGAAGUUGCUCGCACAAGGAGGCAUCCGGCUUGCGGCUAUGCUCAACGAGAUCUUCGAGCCACUCGUCGAGCAAGGAUCGGUGUAG